CAAUGUUUUAUCGCUUCAUCAUCAUCAUCAUUCCAAUCCUUUGCUCGGCAUCUCUUUUCAGAUUCAGGAACUCUGGGAGAUUUCCUGAGAGAGGGUUGGAUUACCCUUGUCUUCAAAGAUUGGUAAUAAAAUCCAAUACGUGACAGUUUCCGAGACCUGUCGAGGAGAAAGAAAUCAAACUGGUAGCAUCCGGUGGUGAAAGUAGGUGAAAGUGGUGGUGGUGUGGUAGUGAUGAUGGAGAUAUAGAUUUUCUCUCAAGGGAGACCUGUGUAUGAGAGAGAAAGCUUAAAACCUCACACUGACUGACUUUGAUCCCAUACACACACGACUUGUCUUCCCCCACACCGCCACCACCACCACCACCACCACCACCACCACUACCACCACACUGCCUCUAAUAGGCAAAUCUGUGGAGGAGAAAGGAGAAGAAAGUAGUCUCUCUUUCUCUUCUUCUGCGCUGGAUGGAUGCAAAGAAUGUCUGUGUGUGAGUAUCAAAGAGAAUUUUGGGAGAUUCUGAUCAGUUUUAUAUGGUUGGAUCCUUGUAAGGUGUUCACCAACCGGACUCUCUGAGUGAGAGCAUGUCGUCGUGGUACGAGUGUGUGGGUAUUUUCAUGUAACAGGGUAUUUGAAGGAGGAGGAGGAGGAGGACCACGGCGGAGAGGAACGAGUCGCGACAGAGUCCGAUUUUCCAGUCGUUUUUUGUUAUAGAACCACCAACAGCAGAAGCAGCAGCAGCAGCAGGAGAAGAGCAGACCACCGAGAAAGGAACAUUGCACAGAGUGAGAUAGACAAGAAGAGUGAAGAGUGGUCUGGCAUUUGUUCAGUGUUUGACGCAUGUAUGAAAAUAAAAAAAGAGAGUUUAAACCAAAACCAUCAUCCAUCUUUGACAAGGGGGAUGAGGUGGUUGGAUGGUUAACGACUCCACACAAUCAGCAUUAGUGGCAGAAUGUAUUCGAAUUCAUUGACAGUGUUAUUGUCCGUAUUUUUACUAGUGAAUGGUUUAGACUUGGAAUGUAGUGUGGAAACUAUUGAGCAACUUUUUACCUCCUCCACUUUGUCAGAGUCGGAGAGGAAAUGUGAACUUUGUGAAAUACUCAAGAGUAAACUAGACAUCUCUCACUGCCAAACUAAUUUACUUCCUGCACCCUGCAUAAGUAGCAACCCGUAUCAGCACCCUCCUCAACUCUUCUACUUUAACCAGUCCGAUAAUAAUAAUCCUCACCAAAGUCAACAAUCCAUCCAUUGGGACAGAGUAAUCCCGUCGAAUAAUAAUAAUAAUAAUAAUAAUAACGACCAACCUAUUUUCCACGUCCUCAUCAAAAGGAGUAAUAACAAUGAUGAUCAAGAGCAGCCAGAGUACCUUUAUCUUACUUUUCCAACCUACCCUACCAAGAUUUUACCAAAAAUAUGCAGCAGAAGACAGCACCCUCUUCACAGUCCCUUUGGUCAUUUAUGUCCCCUCAACACAAAGUGUGUCGAGGAUGAGUCCAUCAAUGUUGGGUACAUUUGUGAAUGUGAGGACGAAUGCAAUAAAACGUGGUUGCUUCGAAAAAUAUUGGAAUGGAUCCAAAUUGUUUGCAUUGUAAUUUGCGUCCUCCUCUGUUUGGUUGUCUACUGGUUGAGGAAGACUAAAGUUGGACAAUGGGCCAUAUGGCCAAUAACUGAGUCAAUUUUAUUCGGAUCAAUACUUCUCUACAUUUCUGUCAUACUUAAAAUUGAGAUUCCAUCAAAUACUGCUUUGCUUUGUCUGCUUGAACCAUGGGCCAGAGAACUUGGCUUCACACUUGUCUAUGGAGGAAUUCUUCUUAAAAUUUACAGAUCUCUUGUAGAGUUUCGCACUCGGAAAGCACAUCGAUGGGUGGUUAGAGAAAAAGAUAUUCUCAGGUAUUUGUUGACGAUGACGAUGGUUAUCGUCUUUUACAUGACCAGCUGGACUGUCACCAAUAAGUACUAUUCCGGAGAUGGUGGUAUAGAAUUCCAUGACCAUCUUUACUGCCCUGUCACGUGGUGGCAUCGGGUUACAGAAUUUGGGGAGGUGCUAUUUCUAUGCGUUGGCCUCAACAUGGCGUGGCACCUGCGUCGUGCCCCUGUGUCUCCGUUUAAAAGCUAUUAUACUGCUGCACUACUUCUCGAAUCCACAACGAACGUCAUUGGAAUUGUUAUCCGAGAAUGUAGGUUCAUAUUUGUGGAUGAGGAUGAAAUAUUCUUGAUGGUGCUCCAUUUCGUCAAGUGUCAAAUCACCACCACAAUCAUAAUAUUCCUUGUGGUGGCCCCAAAGCUAUAUUACAUCCGUGAAGAAAAAAGGAAACGUCAACUGCGACGAGGUGAUACCACAACCAGUGGUCUCGGGGCUGGACGAAAAGCUCUGGAAGCAGCCAUCAACAAUGGUGAUCUCGACUUUGCUGAUAUUAAUAUCGCCGACAUGGACCCACAGGAUAUUCGCUUGGAGUUGAAACGAGUCUAUACCCAACUGGAGCUUUUGAGGAACAAGACCAUGCGGAAAGACAACCCCCACAUCUCACGUCGACGGGGUGGACGGAAACAAACGCAUCGACGAUUCAGCCUCCAGAAAAAGGGCAGCCGUGACAAGGCACUCCGACGUCAACAGCAGCAACAGCAACAUUACCAGCAACAACCCCAACCACAAAGAUUCCGAGGAGGUUACGCCCACGACGACAUUGAAGAUUCAGUUUGCAGUAUUGAAGGUCCUUCAACAUAUUCCGAAGCUGGGCGCUAAUUUUAUUCGUAGUCGAAACAAGGAGAUUUUUGAAAAAAAACAAAGCCAUACGAUAAUUAUUAUUAUGAUUAUUAAACUUGCUACAAUAAUACCAUUUCUUACAUACAUACUUUUAGUCUGCUACGUAUACUACUUCAUAUAAUAAUAAUAAUAAUAAUAAAACAAUAGUUAAUUUGUCCUUAUGUAUUGCUAUGUGGGGACCAAUGCGUCAUAACAUGAAUGCCAAAAAUAAAAGUUGUCUAUGUGAUGCUGUACGUCA